CUUGCGCUAGGGGAGGGUCGGCUCCCGGCGCGCGGGCCCCGCAGACACUCCGGCGUCCGCCUGGGGCGGGGGCGGGACUGGCUCUAACGUCACUUCCGGUGUACACAGCCGGUCCGGGCGGUGUGCUGGGGGUCGGAGCCCGUCGCAGGAAAUGACUUAGAGGCCUUAUGAAUACAUCUGUGCAUUCUUGCUUCAGACUUUGUAAAUGAGGGCCAACCCAGUCUGCAAGCACCUUUUAUUAAUGUUAUAAGGAAAUCACUACCUCAGCAAACAAAAGGAAAGGAGGAGAACACUUAUAAUAACAAAUGCCAUUUUUAAAGAAAACUUGUUUUCAGAAAACAUUGCAGGAAAUUUGGAAAUUUUUAGUUUUGAGGAGAAGCUUUACAGUGGUCCUGUCUACACUGAAAAUAUUAAUUAUAUAAACCAGUUGUCCUCACCUCUAUGUUGGAUCACAUGAUCAUCUGCCUCAUGGAAAUGCCUUUUUUAAAACUUAGAUUUGCAGAACUCCACUAUUUUUAUACCUAGCUGCAGUUUUGGGGAAAAAAAAAAAAAGAAUCAGAACCCUGAUCUGCUGUCAGUCCUUGGGACAGUUCCCCAUCCCGCAUGUAUUGCUGCAGUGCCCAGGACAGUAAAAUGGACUACAAGCGGCGCUUCCUGCUUGGCGGGUCCAAGCAGAAGGUACAGCAGCACCAGCAGUACCCGAUGCCUGAGCUGGGCCGAGCACUGAGCGCUCCCCUGGCAUCCACAGCCACCUCUGCGCCCCUGGGCAGUCUGACUGCUGCAGGCACCUGCCACCAUACCAUGCCACACUCCACUCCCAUCGCUGACAUCCAGCAGGGUAUCUCCAAAUACCUGGACGCCCUCAACGUCUUCUGCCGUGCCAGUACUUUCCUCACAGAUCUCUUCAGCACUGUGUUCCGAAACUCGCAUUACUCAAAGGCAGCCAUGCAGCUCAAAGAUGUGCAGGAGCAUGUCAUGGAAGCAGCCAGUCGGCUGACCUCAGCCAUAAAGCCUGAGAUUGCCAAGAUGCUGAUGGAACUUAGUGCUGGGGCUGCAAACUUUACAGAUCAGAAAGAAUUCAGUCUCCAGGACAUUGAGGUGUUGGGGCGAUGUUUCUUGACAGUGGUACAAGUCCAUUUCCAGUUUUUGACCCACGCAUUACAGAAGGUCCAGCCAGUGGCUCACUCUUGCUUUGCCGAGUUUGUUGUGCCAGAAAAAAAGAACAGUGGUGGCAGUGGCUUAUCUGGCCUGGGCCAUACACCCGAACUGGAGGAAGCUGUGCGAUCCUGGCGAGGGGCUGCUGAGGCAACAUCUAGAUUAAGAGAAAGAGGCUGUGAUGGUCGCCUGGCAGGAAUUGAAGUUCAGCAGCUCUUUUGUUCUCAAAGUGCAGCAAUUCCUGAGCACCAACUAAAAGAACUGAACAUAAAAAUUGACAGUGCUUUGCAAGCAUAUAAGAUAGCUCUGGAAAGUUUAGGCCACUGUGAAUAUGCAAUGAAAGCUGGCUUCCACCUAAAUCCAAAGGCGAUUGAAGCAAGUUUGCAGGGUUGCUGCAGUGAGGCGGAAGCCCAGCAGACUGGGCGGAGGCAGACACCCCCACAGCCCAUGCAGUGCGAGCUUCCCACUGUCCCUGUGCAGAUAGGAUCACACUUCCUGAAGGGCGUCUCCUUUAAUGAGUCGGCAGCGGACAAUCUGAAACUUAAGACGCAUACAAUGUUACAGUUGAUCAAGGAAGCAGGCUGCUAUAAUGGACUUACACCCAGAGAUGAUUUUCCAGUGACUGAAGUACUGAACCAGGUGUGCCCAUCUACAUGGCGGGGUGCCUGCAAGACUGCUGUGCAGCUUCUAUUUGGCCAAGCUGGACUGGUGGUAGUUGACACAGCACAGAUUGAAAAUAAAGAAGCCUAUGCCCCCCAAAUCAGUUUAGAAGGCUCCAGAAUCGUGGUUCAAGUCCCAUCUACAUGGUGCCUGAAAGAAGACCCUGCUACUAUGUCUCUGCUGCAGAGAAGCCUCGAUCCUGAGAAGACCCUGGGUCUGGUGGAUGUGCUUUACACAGCUGUGUUGGACAUAAACCGCUGGAGGGCUGGGAGGGAACAAGCUUUACCCUGCAUACAGAUACAACUUCAAAGGGAGAUUUGUGAUUUUGGGAACCAGGCUGACCUGCCUUCUGGAAAUGGAAACAAGUCUUCAGGUGGCCUGCAGAAGACAUUCUCCAAACUGACAUCCAGGUUCACCAAGAAAGUUUCAUGUACCAGCUCUAGUGGCAGCACAAAUUAUUCCAUCCCAAGUACCCCUUCCAAAAAUGUCUUCAUAGCUGGGUGUUCGGAAGAGAAGGCCAAAAUGCCUGGUAACAUUGACACACGGUUACAAAGCAUUUUGAACAUUGGUAAUUUUCCUAGGACUACAGACCCUUCACAGUCAGCUCAGAAUUCCAGUAAUCCAAUGGCCAAUGGUUUUCUCCUAGAGAGGCGUGAGAACUUCCUGCCUGGGGAUGAUGGCAAGGAUGACAAGGGUAUGAACUUGCCAACUGAUCAGGAAAUGCAGGAGGUGAUAGACUUUCUCUCAGGCUUUAACAUGGGCCAGUCGCAUCAGGGUUCCCCAUUGGUGACAAGGCGUAAUUCUGCUGCAACAGCCAUGGUGACUGAGCAGAAGGCAGGAGCCAUGCAUCCACAGCAGCCAUCAUUGCCGGCGCCCCCUUCAUCACGGCCACCACAGGCUGGGGCACACGCAAGUCUGACAUCCCAGCCAGGUUUGGCAUCUCAGCAGCAGUCCCCAAAGCAACAACAACCCCAGGUCCAGUACUACCAACACCUGCUUCAACCCAUUGGACCACAGCAGCCCCCACCCCAGCCUCGGGCACCUGGGAAAUGGGUACAUAGCUCAUCCCAGCAGCCAGCACAGCCUGUUGGAGCAAAUCUGUCUCCUCUUGGUCAGUGGCCUGGCAUAUCUGAUCUCAGUUCUGAUUUGUACAGCUUGGGCCUAGUGAGCAGCUACAUGGAUAAUGUGAUGUCAGAGGUUUUGGGACAAAAACCACAGGGACCUAGAAAUAACACCUGGCCAAACCGUGACCAAAAUGAUGGAGUCUUUGGAAUGUUGGGAGAGAUUCUGCCUUUUGAUCCUGCAGUGGGCUCAGACCCAGAGUUUGCACGCUAUGUGGCAGGAGUGAGCCAGGCAAUGCAGCAGAAGCGGCAAGCCCAGCAUGGUCGUCGUCCUGGCAACCCACGGGGCAACUGGCCACCCAUGGAUGAUGCCCAUCGGACCUGGCCUUUUCCAGAAUUCUUUACAGAAGGGGACGGCCUGCACAGCGGCUGGUCGGGUGCUCAGGGAGACUCAGCCAGCUCCAGUGAUGAGACAUCUUCAGCCAAUGGGGACAGCUUGUUCUCCAUGUUUUCAGGACCUGACCUCGUUGCUGCUGUCAAGCAGAGAAGGAAACACAGCAGUGGAGAGCAGGAGACCAGCAUGCUACCCUCACCGCCUCUCCUAACUACAGUGGAGGACAUGAACCAGGAUAACAAAACCAAAACGUGGCCUCCCAAAGCACCCUGGCAACACCCUUCCCCACUGCCCAGCACACUGCCCAGCCCAAGUGCACCACUCUAUGCAGUCGCCAGUCCCGGCAACCAGUGGAACGACACCAUGCAGAUGCUGCAAUCUCCUGUGUGGGCUGCAACCAGCGACUGCAGUGCUGCCUCCUUCUCUUAUGUGCAGACCCCACCCCAACCCCCACCCCCACCAGCACACAAGGCAGCACCCAAGGGCUUUAAGGCCUUCCCUGGGAAGGCUGAACGCAGGCCAGCCUACUUGCCUCAGUACUGACCCAGGGCCUUUCUUCCUGCCCACCCAGAGCUGUUGGGGUCAGUAUUCCCACCCCAGGGCUGACUAGCUCAUACCAGCCCCUCAGAGGACCAGUGCACCCCAUCCCAGGAGGUUUCUUUGGGAACAGGGGUGAUUGGCAGCUCCAAGCCUGGUUUCUGAAGACAGCAGACCCCUGGAGAGCCAGCUGGAGAUAGAUCACACUCAGGGGGUUGCUGGAUAAUCCGCAUGCUUAAUAAGCACCUGGAGUGAUUAUGAUGCAGGUGGCCAGAGGCCACACUUUGAGAAACAUAGUUCUGAGGUUAUUAAUCCUGCUAUAUGUUAGGAAGACAUCGGGUCUGAAGGCCAAGAGCAAAACUGACCAUUCUUAUGAAACCCUCUUAUUCCUCCUUAACACAUUGAGUGGUGACCACACCCAUCACUGAUUUCAUAGCUAUUUUCAUGUAGAUUUUUAGCUAAAACAUCUCCUGUCUAAAGUGCAUUGAACAUAUUAAGAUAACAGAUAUACCGGCUGGAGGUUUGCUCAACACUAAUCUUUAUUUAAGCACAAAAACAGGAAAACAGAAUAUUUAUGAUCAGAAGCAAUCACCUGGGUUUUCUGUGGGUGAGCUGCCCCUUUUACCCAGAAACAUCCAGGAAUACAGAUAGCCUUUGCCAGAUUUACAAAAGCAGGAUUAUAUAGCUGAUGUCAGAAGUAUAUUCCUGACAGUGCAUGAGGACGAGCCAGCAGGCUGCUGGUGUGUGCAAAGUAAGGCUUCACCUGCUGUCCUCAGAUCCUUCCACACAUGGCUGGAGGCAUGAAGGGUCCUCAAAGUGGGGCAGUGUGGUCAAAGGGCUGCACAGAGACACCUGCACUAGAAACUGCAGUAACAUUUGUGCGCUGGUUCAAAAGACAAACCAGUUAAGAUGUAGAUAAGAAUUAAAGUCUUUUCUUUUAAAAAAGAAAAUCCACCUCAUUUUCGGUUAACAUGUGCCAUUAAAAAGAUAACAUCCUGUGGAAUUAGGAUAUUUUCCAGCCAGAAUGGAUCCAGAAGAAUUGAAUGGUGCUUAAAUUGAGAAAUAAUAAUAAAUAUAUCUAUAUAGAAUAGACAUAUCCCACUGUAAAUUAAUUGAGGUUGCAGAAAGUUCUUUAUAUAAAACUUAUUUAAAUUUUUCAUAUUUCAUCUUUGAAAAAGUCUAAUUGAGAAAAAUCCAUGAUAUUUUCUGGUAUGAAAGUUUGACAGUAUUAAUAUUUUUUUUAUAUUUUCUUAAGUCAUUAAACCAUUUUAAUAUAUGUUAACUACUAAUAAAUGGUUUAUUCUUUCUAACUCCAUAUAAGCUUUUCCAGCAAAGAUUGUAAUAACACAUUUAUGUUCUCAUUUUUCUACAGAUAUAAGUAAAUUUCUAUUUAAAAAUACCAAAAAUAAAAAUAAAUAUCUGUGUACACACACACCACACACCCACACCCACUUACACACAUACACAUACACAUUUUAGAGGACCCUUAGGGUGUCUGAGCCCAGUCACCUGAAUUUUUAGUACUGUGUUGUCAGGCUGUUUCCAGGCCUUGGGUGUUGUCUUUUGUGCUGUGUGGGGAUGCCAUUGCUGCCUGUACUUAAUGAUCCUUUCACCAUGGGUUCUGAAUAUUCACCUCACCAUGUUUACAGAUAACUAUUUUGUACAUAGAGUUUUUCAGGCACAUGCUUUGCAUCAAUCCUGCGUGGCUCUCGUCUGUGUUAACUGUCACAGUGUGCACACUAAUCUGUUGGAAGUUCUUUGUGACUGUUUUACUUGUAAGAUAGUUUUCUAUUUCCUUCAGUAAUGUGUCCACAGUGCCCUGUAUUUCGAGUUCUAUUAUACUAAAGUACUCUUAUUUUAAUAGUGCCUCCCCAAAGACCUCACCCUGGACAGAGGUCAAUUCUCAAUGCCCCAGCGCAGGUGACAUUGUUAAACUGUCACUUUCCAAUUUUUUUCUUCUUUCCUAUUAUGAAAGAUAUUUUGUAAUUGCAUCUCCAUGGGCUGUGACUGUGUGAAGCUGUUUGUGUAGUUUCCAUGUAGGUGCUGUGUGCCCAGCACCACUUUGCUCUGAACACUGGUAAUUCCAGGUGCUGCGCUCGGCAGAGGGGUCUUGCCAAAGCGCACGCGUGUGUGUGUGUUUUGUGUGUGUGUGUGUGUGUGUGUGAGAGAGAGAGAGAGAGAGAGAGAGAGAGCGCAUGCAUAUGUGCAUGUGCGUGCAUAUGUGCGUGCAUGUGUCCUUUGCAUGGCCGGGCGUGGCUGCCUUGCUCCGGCAUCAGCAGGACAUUGUGUGAAUAGUUACAAUGCUUCCAAACUGGAACUCUACAUUUUGUAUCUUACUUUUAAAAGCUCCUAUAAGUAAAGUAACUAUUGGCUUUAUUAAAAAUAUACAUUUAAUAGUA